GAGAUCCAUCCUUGGAGCGUAGGCAGUCUUACUACCGUCGCGAUGGCGAGCCACCACGCUACGAUCACUACGUUCCGAGAGACCCUCCAUCACGCACCGCAUACAGUGCAACGCCAAUCGCAUCACGCCAUUCUGGUCAAAAAUAUCGAGGCAGCGCAGCGCUCGAACUCAGAAAAGGCGGUGUACGAUACUUCAUGAUCAAAUCUUGGACCCACGAAAAUGUGAACGCCGCCCAGCGUGAAGGUGUCUGGGCAACCCAAGAGAAGAAUGAACAACUACUAACUGAAGCCUUCAAAACAUCUCGACAUGUAAUCCUCCUUUUCUCCGUAAACAAGUCGAUGGCAUUUCAAGGCUACGCUCUUAUGACCUCGCUGCCGGAUCCUGAUCUUCCAGAGCCAGCCUGGGCUGCUAAGCUGAACUGGGCAACUUCUGCGACUUUCACAGUGAAAUGGCUCGGAACUACUUCAAUCCCCUUCCGUACGAUUGGUCAUCUCAAGAAUACUUUGAACAUUAAUGAGGAUGGAGAGCCACUUGCUGUGCUGGUUGGCAAGGACGGUCAAGAGAUAUCUGCAGAUGCUGGCAUGGGUGUGGUCUGGGUUCUCGAUGAGGCGGAGGCCAACGCGAGGGAUGGAAGACUGCGUUGAUGAAUAGGGUCUUGAUUUCCGAUUGCCUCGAAUGGCCAGGACGAGGAGUGCGAUGGAAUCAAAAUAGAUAGCACACGAAAUCAAAGGCUUUCAUUGC